ACUCCAUUAAAAAUGAAAAUUAUUAAUUCUUGUGAAAACAAAUAUAAUCUGUGUAAAGGUAAAUGCAAGUUGCAUUGCAGACUCCGAGCGGUAAUGAUUUCGUAAAAAUUCACCAAACUCCAACAACCUGCGGUUGCGACUCCAAAAUCAAUCUAUCUUCAAACACACACACAAAGUUCCUGCAGCUUCGAUCAGAUCCAACGAGCCGAUUCUUCUCUCUUUGUAGGUCAAGUAGUUCCAGAGAACUGCAUUGCAUAUUCACCAACAUCUUAGGUUCCUAAUUCAAUUAGCCCACUGGGAUAUGCCAGAGAGAAUUGGACACUGUACCAUUUGAACAUAUGCGUAUGGGUCAAAUAUAAAACUUUCUUCCUUGAAAUUCCGAGGCAAGAGAGCUGUCCAUUACAGGGGUACUCGUGUUUUUUUAAAUACCUGUUGAGUAAAGAAAGGCUGGAUUACUAGAUUGCAUGCUUUGUCACAGUUGUCUGUGAAUGGAAGCCGAAAAGGUUUGCUGGUGAGUUCAGAUUAUUGAUGGAGCAAAGAGUGCAGCUCCGUGUUGGUACAAUGGAAACCAUAUCCAAUGAGGGAGAUGUAGAUAGAGAACAGGUUUUAGAGACUUUUGGUAUUGAAAAUGAGACCGGGAAGGAGACAAACGGCUCCAGAAGUUUUGAUGUUGGUUACAGUUCCGGUGAUACCCUUGAAACAUUGCCUAAAGCGUCAAAAGUAGAUAUCUCUCCUGCUGACGUGCUUAAAACACUCUUCUUUAUACUUGUAUGGUACACUUUCAGCACAUUUCUGACUCUGUACAACAAAACUCUCUUAGGAGAUGAUUUAGGGAAAUUUCCUGCUCCCUUAUUAAUGAAUACCAUUCACUUUUCUAUUCAAGCUGUUUUAUCAAAGAUGAUAACAUGGUAUUGGUCGGGGAGAUUUCAGCCUGAUGUUACCAUAUCAUGGAGAGACUAUUUCGUUAGAGUUGUACCAACAGCGCUUGGAACUGCUAUGGAUAUAAACCUAAGUAACGAGUCACUUGUCUUCAUAUCGGUUACAUUUGCAACAAUGUGCAAAUCUGCAGCCCCAAUAUUUCUUCUUCUGUUUGCUUUUGCCUUCAGGCUGGAGUCUCCAAGCCUGAAACUUUUUGGCAUUAUUUCAGUGAUCUCAGCAGGAGUGUUGUUAACAGUUGCAAAGGAGACAGAAUUUGAGUUUUGGGGUUUCGUUUUUGUCAUGCUUGCUGCUGUCAUGUCUGGUUUCCGCUGGUGUAUGACGCAAGUUCUUUUGCAGAAAGAAACAUUUGGACUGAAAAAUCCAUUCAUAUUCAUGAGCUGUGUGGCACCAGUGAUGGCUAUAGCGACUGGUCUUCUUUCUCUCCUUCUGGAUCCAUGGAGUGAAUUUAGAGACAACAAAUACUUUGAUAGUGGAGCACAUUUUGCUCGAACUUGUUUUUUGAUGCUUUUUGGCGGAGCACUGGCUUUUUGUAUGGUUUUGACAGAGUAUGUCCUUGUUUCCGUAACUAGUGCUGUAACCGUCACAAUAGCGGGAGUUGUCAAAGAGGCUGUCACCAUAGUGGUUGCAGUGUUUUACUUCCAUGACGAAUUUACGUGGCUGAAAGGUGUGGGUCUGAUGAUCAUUAUGGUUGGUGUCAGUUUGUUCAACUGGUACAAAUAUGAUAAACUACAAAAGGGGCACAAAACAGAGGAAGAGAAGCAGUUACAAGCUCCAAGUCAGACUGGAAAAUAUGUGAUUCUUGAUGAGAUGGAUGAUCAAGAAAAUAGUCCCUAAGAAUUAUUUUUGAUACAUUCACAUGAUAUGGUAAACCCCCUUUUAGGCUGGUACAUCCGUAAUGUGGAAGCAUGUGGACCUUCCUUGAGAAAAAGACUAUAACAUACUUUUAAGGCAGAUGAAUUGGAAACUUUGAUGUUUCCCUGCCUUACAAAAAUGAUAGAAGAACAUAACCAUUUCAACAAAUUUUAAAGGGAAAAAGUUAGUAGUGGCUGCAAAUUUGGUCCAAUUUCACAUGUCUUUUGUACCCAUGUUAUUGAGAGUGUCGUCUCUGUUAUCAUCUUCUGAAGAAAUUGAAUAACAGAGUCUAACAUUAUAAUGUAGAACUACAAGAUGGAAUGAUCAGAUUACAUAUAAGCUUAUUUGUAUAAAACUGAGACUAACACUAAACCCCAUAAGAGAGGAAGUAUGAAUUGGAAAGAAUAAUAUAAUGAGAGAAACAAAAAUUGGAUCAAAUGUGGCAUCCACAACAGAGGUAGAAGAAGCAGAGCGUGGAAACGAGAACGAAAGCUUCAACUACAUACAUGACCUUGUAAACUACUCCGUCUACUAUCUCUGUCAGCAUUAUUAUCUCAACUCGCUUCCACUUCGCCGACGAAGACGAAGACGAAGACGACGUUGAAAACAGAUUCCUUAAUCGCUGCCAUGUCUGUGUUUCUUUAGCCGUCACUUGUUCCUCCUCUUGUUGCAGCUUCUUCUUCUUCAGCGACGCCCACUUCUUCAUAACUCCCAUUGUCUACCUCUCUCUCUCUCUCUCUCUACUACAGAGUCAUGUCACGGUGCAGCAUUCUUAUACUGUGUGGAGAAGAGACGGGGCAAUUUUGUGAAUAGGUCAGAGAAGGAGAGGGUACUAUUGCCAAAUGUGACUAAGAAAGGAAUGAGAUGCCCUUUAACCUUUUUCUUCGGGAAAGUAAAGUAUAGCUGGCGAGAGGUGUGGAACCGUGGAAGGUGAGCAGGGUUAUUUUCGGUAUUACAAUAAGAUUUUU